ACUGAUAAAUCGGGAAAACCGCGACUUUGCAAUCUUUACGUUCGGUGUUAUCACUUGACCUCAGAGCGACGUUUUGAUAUCCAUUUUCAUAAACACACAGUUAUUUUAACCAAGAUGAAGCUCUUUUACGUUCUCUUUACAACGACUCUAGUUUUAUCCGCCGAAGUAGAUUUUAAAACGUCAAACAAAUUAUUCGCAGCCACUGCCUACAAGAAAAUCGCAAAAAACACGAACAAUAACCUCAUUGUUAGUCCUCUUUCGGUUCAAACCAUCCUAGCUCUCACUCAAACAGGAUGCAAGGGAGAAAGUGCCACGGAAAUCAAAAACGCGCUAAACUUCACAGACGACCCCAGAGUGGUCGAAGCGACCUUCCAAAAUCUUUCCUUCGUGUCAAAAAAGUACACAAUGCGUACCGUUAACAAAGUCUACGUCAAAAAAAACUUCGCUAUUAGCGACGUGUUUCGAAGAAUGUGUCGAGCUUUCGACGCCGACACCCAGAAUUUAGAUUUCAGCGACCAAAACCAGGCUUCUCAAUCCAUCAACUCGUGGGUGGAACAACAAACCAACAACACGAUCAAAAAUUUGGUGACCCCUUCUAGCUUCAAUGAUCGGACUAGAGUGCUUUUGGUUAACGCGUUGUAUUUCAAAGCCGACUGGUCGGAAGCCUUCCCCAUAGCUUACACCAAGAAGCUAAAUUUUCACCUUUCUUCGUCUGAAAACACCACAGUCGACAUGAUGAUCCUGCACGAGAAGCACUUCAACUACUACCAAAGCGACAGCUUGAAGGCGACUUUUUUGAAAUUGCCUUUUAAAGGAGAGGAAGCUUCUAUGGUGAUCGUGGUUCCUGAUGACAUAGACGGGUUACCACUUCUGGAAACUCAGAUGAAGAAAGUACUCAGGCCUAAGAAAUUCGCCAGUACGUUUGUCAACGUGUUGCUGCCGAAGUUUCGCAUCGAAACGAGUCUGGAUUUUAAGAAAGUGUUGAAGAAUAUGGGGGUUAGUUCGAUUUUUGACGAAAAGAGUGCCGAUUUGAGUGGGAUUGCAGGUAAGAAGGGUGAUUUGGUGGUGGAUAAAGUUGCCCAGAAGAGCUACAUUGAUGUGAGUGAGGAAGGGGUUGAAGCUGCCGCUGCUACCUAUGUUUUGAUCGCAGUUCCGAUGAGUGCUCCACCAGAACCACCCAAGAUGUUCAGGGCGGACAGACCUUUCCUAUUCUAUAUCAAAGUCAAAGGGGUGAUUGUGUUUGUAGGAAGAGUGACAAAUCCAUUGAAAUUAAACUAAACCUAAAUAGUACCGAAUUCUGUUACACUUUUUGUUAUGAAUAUCUAGUUAGUAAGUUAUUAUUAUACUUGAAUGUAUGUGUUUGAUGUUUAUUACAUACUUAAAAUAGCAA